UGCAAGGAGAGAAGCAACGGUGGACGAUAUACUAAGUAAAGCAAUAGUAGGGGAUUACGUACUGGAAUAGAAUUCUCUGUUUAUUAAAAAAAACUCUCAGCGAAGUUUGAUAUUAGCACAAUGAGUCAAGUCGAUCCCUUCUCCGUGGACUACAGAACAAGUGAAAGAAAGCAGGCCUUUACCGACGACGGUCUCAUUUCAUUCAAUGUGUACAACAGAGGAAAGCAGAAACAGAAUUCCCGCGAUAUUGUGAAACAGUUCAAAGCAGAGAAGGACGGAGACGACGAAUUCUCACUCAGCUCAGAAUUGUCCAGUUUUGCCAACGAUGUCAGCAUCUUGGGUAUGAAGCAAAUCGUGAAUCCGAAAUUUUCGCUCUUUCGACGGGCCACGUGGCUGUGUUUUGUGUUGGCGGGAACUGGAUUUCUUAUUUAUCAUCUGUGGAACAGACUCGAUUAUUAUUUCAGUAACCCGGCCUCGGUGAACAUACGGGUCAACUACGACGGAUCGCUGCUUUUCCCCACAGUGACAAUUUGUAACAAUAACGUGUUCCUCAAAAGCAAAUUGGCUGCAAACAAUGAAACAUAUAUAGGGGAUUUAUUUUAUCCUUCUUUCGAUUCAUAUCCAAAUUGGAGUGCUUAUAACUUCACCGGUUUUAACUGGACGGAUUUUUACUACAGAAAUGGCUAUUCUGUCAUGGACGUUUUCGGAGGGUUUUGCUUUUGGAAAUCUUCACCUUGUCAAGCUAAUGUAUUGAAGCCGGUCAUCACCGAACAUGGCGUCUGCUAUCAGUUUAACUCAGGUGAUGAAGGAAAGCGAUCUGACGUCGAGGGGUCACUAUAUGGGUUGAUGAUAAGCUUCAUGACGAAGCAGGAAGAAUAUCUAGUCGGCUCGUAUAUUGCAGGGUAUACGAUCCUCCUGCACAAUUCUAAGGAUCACCCUAACGUCGUCACCCAAGGUUUCCAGGUUGCCCCCGGGGGCAGCGCUAAUGUCGCCAUAAAACAGAAAUAUGUGAAAAAUCUACCACAGCCCCACGGGCAAUGUGCGGAUAAGCAACUGGCUUAUUUCCCACACUACAGUAAAAUCAACUGUCAGGCAGAGUGCUUACACAACAAAACUAUAGAGAAAUGCGGCUGUCGAUUGGUUUAUUACCCUGAAGUACCUGGCCUUAGGGAAUGCUCACCCAUUGACGUCAACACGUGUUGGGGACCCCUUCUCACCAACGUCUCACAGAUCAUGAAGAACUGCGCAUGCACGGAGGCUUGCGAGACGUUCUACUUCGAGUAUUCUGUAACGACCGGGCUAGUCUCCGAUGUGUCGGCUCAAGCCGCUGCUGUCUUCUUAAACACUACCCAGACCUAUGUGGAAAAGAACUACUUGGCCGUGUACCUGUACUACAAAGAAAUGAGCUACGAGGAAGUGAUUCAACAGGAAGCGUACAGCACGCUCACUCUGCUGGCGGAUAUAGGGGGCGCUCUUGGCCUCAUUCUGGGCAGCACGCUUAUGACCGUAGCGGAGAUACUGGAUUUCUUUCUUGGGUUGAGCAUUUGGAAAUUUUUCGGCGUGAAAUUGUGACAGUGUAAUUCGUGUUCAAUUUUGGUUACAUUGGGAUUUUUAAGCGAAAAGAUGUGUCAGUCACGAGUGAAUUCAGGACUUCACUAAAAUACGGUGUAGGGGGCGUGAUCGGCGGUAGGAGCAGUAUACCUAAUACUAUCGUGGUAAAAAAGGUUGAUUCCACUUUUUUUUUUUUUUUGUUACGAACGACCAUACCACAGUUGUAAACCAUUGUAAAUAGUGAUGUUCAUUCCAGAUGCGCUAUCUAUGACUCAUGGCACAAACAUUGCCAAUUGAAAAUAUUCAUGUUUUAUGCCGUUUAUUAAAAUGUUGAGCAUUCUAUCUCUCAAAUCGUGAAAAUCUGAUAUUCCACACUGUUUUCCACAAGGUAAAAAAAACGUAAUAUUCAAACGGCUCAGCCAUAUUUCACAAAUUUUACGAAUCAUAAGCAUCAGUAUGUGAUGGUUAAAGGUCACGUGUCUUAUGGCGAGCGCGUCUACCGCGUAUUGCAAUUAUCUCCUGUAGGCGGCGAGGCAGCCUUCAAGGGCAGGGAAAUCUGUUUUGGGGAAAUGUUCCCAUUCAUAAAGAAAUGCUUGUCGAAAAUUGCCCAGGUAAUAUAUUUAGAGGGUUGGAUUUCCUAUGCAUUGCUAACUCCAUUGCGUGACACAGGUGCUUGGUAGGGUUAAGUAUCGAGGCUCAAAGAACGUCGUUCCGUCCUCGGACAUUGUGUUUCUGCAAUAAAUUACUCACCGGGUGAGAACUGUGAGCAAAUGUGUUCUCUUGAUAAGCCUGAAAUGAAUGACCCCAGCUAGAUAAUUCUGUCUCAUUUUACCGAACAGGUUUGCAUUUUAUUUGAUUCUUCAUCGGAAAAAAAGGAGCAACGAAACCCUUCUGUCAAUAAAACAGCAUAGAAUAACUUAUAAUUAUACGGUAUACAUGUUUGUAUUGAAAACAGGCUCAUGGUAGUCGACAAUAUUACGUUUUAAUACUUGCGUCUUUCCGCUUGAAGCGUUAUGAACUGUAAAUGUCUUACAGGUCAUCUGUAAAACGACGGAUUUUUUUUAAAUAGAAAA